GAUAAAUAAAAUAAUUAUUGAAUUAUUUUUAAAUAAUUAUUUAACUUGGUUGAGUUAAAAAAUUGUGUAUUGGAGUAGUUUGGGUGUAAUAUGGUGUGGCACGGAUGUGUGGAUGUUUGAGGUGUAAAUGAGGAUAAAUUUGUUGAAAAAAUGUUAGUUUAGUGUAAUUUUAAUGGCCGACGAGGACUACGAACACGUUUAUAAAAUUAUUCUCCUAGGCGACGCCACAGUCGGAAAAUCUCAUUUGUUGUGUCGGUAUAUAAGGGGUGACUUACCUGUGCAGGCGAAGGCUACGAUAGGUGUUGAGUUUGCUACGAGGACGGUGCCUUUGGCGUCUGGUGGUAGUGUAAAGGCUCAGAUUUGGGACACUGCGGGCCAGGAGCGGUACCGCAGUAUCACCAGCGCUCACUACAGGAGAGCCGUAGGCGCGCUUUUAGUCUACGAUGUGACAAACCGAAGCUCCUUUUACAACUGUAAAAAGUGGCUCGACGAGCUCAGAGCCUCGUCGUACGACGAUAUCGUAAUCCUACUCAUCGCCAAUAAAGUCGACCUCACCAACACACAGGAAGGGGAUAACGUGAGAUUGGACGUGGUAAUGGCGGUGGAGGGUAUGGAGUUUGCGAGUGAGAAUAAUUUGCACUUUUUCGAGGCGUCUGCUGUCACGGGCUACAACGUGAAGGAGAUUUUUGAGUUUCUGAUACAGCAAAUUUACAACUUAAAGUCACGCCUACCCUCGGUCACCGAGCGCAUCACAAGCUUCAACAGCAUAGUACCAAAUUUACACACAGACAAGAUUAAUAAAAGGGAUAAACUGACACAGCUAGGCUGCCUCGAACAGGGCUGCUUCAACACCAAUUGUAACACACAAUAACAAUAAUAUUAUUUUAUUUA